AUGUCUACAGCUAUCUCCUCAGAUCCAUACGCUCACAUUAAGCUUCUACAUCACUUCUAUGACAAGCCAGGGAGCGGGAAUUUAAGUGAGGUCAGUGAAGAUCAAGUGUUGAAGCAGACAACUACUAAAUAUCAUGAGAAUGUCCUCUAUAAAGUCAAGCAUAACAGCCCAUGGCAAAAUUAUACGGAUGCUGGUGAUUAUCCACUAUAUAAGGUUUCCGUCAGUUCACUGAUGAGGCUCUCGAAGCUCAAAAUCCUUGUCGCCGAUCGGAUCAAUCGCGAAUUGAAGCCUGAUUUGUUGGUCGACUCCGAGGAUAAAUACUGUCGUGGAUUUGUCAACGAUUGCUGGAGGCGCUUACGAGGUCAGUACCUUUUGGAACCGAAGGUCGCCGUAAUCGUCAUAAUCGCCAGCCCAGCAAGAACUCACCGGUUCACUGAUGCCGGCCUGACAGUAGUCGAUUCUGCUUCGAGUGAAUUCAGCGGUGAACCACGCCGAGUCCCUCCAUCUGAACCGGGAUCUGAACCAAUAGGGCCAGCCUCGAGGUUUGCCGCUGCCUCCAAAUUGAUUCAAGGCAAUUGGCACGGGUAUCCGUCAAGUGACGGUGAUGGUAGCACACCCAGCCACCCACAACUGCCUCAGCUGCCGCAAGGGAACACAGCACCAGCGAGCAGAUUUAGUCACCCCAUGGCAGGUGGUGGCCAGCACCAACCUGGCGGCGUCGUAGCGCCCGAUCCUUCCCUCUGGCAAUAUCGUACGGGUGGCAGCUACCCAACUUUUGGGCCGCAGUCACACUUGUCUACAGUUCGCGCGUUUCCGCAGGCACUUUCCAACCAGUUUCACCAUAGUACAUUUAACCUAGCUCAGAACGCCCCACGGGGGCCGGCUCUUUCCCCAACCAUCCCUCACCCGACCUCCUCUGACCCGACUACGAGCCAGGCCAAUCAUGCCUCUGGAUAUCACAAUCCACAGCAUGAGGAUCUUGCGGGCGUCAACCACCCAAUUCCGCAGUUCAAUCCACGGACUGCCGCAGCCGCACUCAGCGCAUAUGAUUAUUUCCGAAUCCCGAUGGCCAUAUCCCAGAACUUCCCAACCACCCUUACUCUAACUCCCUUCGACUCGAGUACGAGUCUCGCGGCUCCAACUCAAUCAAGUUCGACGGCUUUGGGCGCCUGCAGCCCGAACGACCAAGGCCACCUCCUUUCAUUUGGUGCUAAGGAUGUGAUCAGAAGGCUGGUCGAGAAAAGACCCAUCAAGCGGAAGGUUGCACGCGCACACAAACAGAUAAAAUUCAUAACCGCUAAAAUCCCCUCAGCAUCGACGCAGUCCACUCCAAAUACCUCACUGUUGCACAUCGACUCUUCACUGGUUGACAGCGUGAAGGAGGACGCCACAAGAUUGAUGAUUCUGUCAUUAUUUCAAAAAUCUCUGUAUCCCGCCACGGACGAUAUCACUACCUUGGCCAAUACAGCGCUUGAUGAAGCGAUCACCAAGCACACGCACAAUGGUAUUUGUCCACCUCCCUCGUAUUCAUCCUGUGACUCACGGAGGACAUGGAAAAAGAGCUUAUGGCGUGGAAAUUGUGGCCAGAAGGUCAGAGCGCUCUCGCGCGGCUGA